AUGAUGACUGUUGUACAUAGAAGGGAAGGUGGAGGGUUUAGACUUCAUGCAAAGGGUGCUUCAGAAAUACUUUUGUGUCGUUGUAAAUAUAUUCUUGGGGUUGAGGGAAAUAUUUUGACAUUUGGAAAUGAAAAACAAAAAGAAAUGAUUAAACAAGUAAUUGAACCUAUGGCCUCUGAUGGAUUGAGAACUAUAGCUAUUGCCUAUAAAGAUUUUGUUGGAAAUAGUGAAUAUCCAAAUGAUGUUAUUUUGUCUGAAGGAGAAAGUUCUUCAAUUAAUUGGGAUGAUGAAGAAUCUUUGAGAGAAGGAUUAACUUUAGUGGCUAUUUUGGGUAUUCAAGACCCUGUCCGUCCAGAAGUGCCUGAAGCUAUUGCUAAAUGUCAACGUUCGGGAAUUACUGUUAGAAUGGUAACUGGAGAUAAUAUAAACACAGCUAGGUCAAUAGCUAUUCAAUGUGGAAUUUUAAAGCCUGGAGAUGAUUAUUUGGUUUUGGAAGGGAAAGAUUUUAAUUCUCGAAUAAGGGAUGAAAAUGGAAUUGUUGAUCAGAGAAAAUUGGACCAAAUUUGGCCAAAAUUAAGAGUAUUAGCCAGAGCUCAACCUUCAGAUAAAUAUAUUUUGGUAAAAGGAAUAAUUGAAUCUAAAUGUACAAAAAACAGAGAAGUUGUUGCAGUAACUGGUGAUGGAACUAACGAUGCCCCAGCAUUAAAAAAGGCGGAUGUUGGGUUUGCAAUGGGAAUUGCUGGCACAGAUGUGGCAAAAGAAGCUUCGGAUAUUAUUUUGACUGACGAUAAUUUUACUUCAAUAGUUAAAGCUGUAAUGUGGGGAAGGAAUGUUUAUGAUUCGAUUGCAAAAUUUCUUCAAUUCCAAUUAACUGUAAAUGUUGUAGCAGUAACUAUAGCUUUUGUCGGGGCCUGUUCAAUUAAAAAUUUACCUUUUCGAGCAGUUCAAAUGCUUUGGGUUAAUUUAAUUAUGGACACAUUAGCCUCUUUAGCAUUAGCCACAGAAAUGCCGACAGAAGAUUUGCUUAAAAGAAAGCCUUAUGGACGUACAAAAUCAUUAAUUUCUCGAACUAUGGUUAAAAACAUAAUUGGGCAUGCAAUAUAUCAAUUAUCUGUUCUUUUUGGACUUUUAUUUUUUGCUGAAAGAUUUAUUCCCGGUUUGGAAGGAGAAAAAGCAAGAGAACAACCACAUGAAGCACCCCCAACAAAACAUUUUACAAUUAUAUUUAAUUCUUUUGUUUUAAUGACUUUGGCUAAUGAAAUUGAUUCGAGAAAAAUACAUAAUGAAAGAAAUGUUUUUAAAGGACUCCUUUCAAAUCCAAUUUUUUGUAUAAUUUGGUUAUUAACAUUAAUUUCACAAAUUUUAAUUGUUCAAUUUGCUGGUGAAUGGUUUUUUACAAAAAGUUUAGAUUUAAUACAUUGGGGAUUUUGUUUUCUUUUUGCUAUUUGUGAAUUAAUAUGGGGACAGAUAAUAAUAACAAUUCCUUCAAAUGUUUUACCCAAAUUUUUUGCUUUUGGAAGAGGAGAGGUUAGGCCAACAUCUAUACUUGUUACUGGAGAAUAUGAUAUACCCGAAGUUCGACAAACAGCUGGACGUGAAAUUGGCGGGGUGCCAGCAGGGAGUAGUGGGGCUAGACCUGGACAGAUAUUGUGGUUACUUGGACUUACUAGAUUACAAACACAAAUGAGAGUUAUACGUGCUUUUCAAUCUAAUAUAAACAAUUCACACCCAUCUUCUUUAACAAUCCAAGCUGGGGAUAGACUUAGACAAUCAUAUAGAAGAUUGAGAAUUGCUAAAGAAUUAGAACGUAAAUUUAAUUUUUAA